AUGAAUAAUAUCCGUCAGGUUCAAGCGCUGAACAAGCGGGAGCUUGAGAAUGCUGUACCCCCGGAGGCCUCCUGGCAUGCCGACUAUCGCGAUACUGCCUACAUAUACAUUGGAGGAUUACCCUUCGACCUUUCCGAGGGAGACAUUCUCACCAUUUUCUCUCAGUACGGCGAACCGGUCCAUCUGAACCUCAUCCGCGACAAGGAGACCGGGAAGAGUCGAGGUUUCGCCUUUCUCAAGUACGAGGAUCAACGCAGUACAGAUCUAGCAGUUGAUAAUCUUGGCGGUGCCACCGUCUUGGGGAGAGUCCUGCGCGUGGACCACACUCGCUACAAGCGACGAGAUGACGAGGAGGAAACGGACAAUGUCGCGAGACUCAUGGGGGAUUCGGCCGGUGGCAAUGCUGUUGAUCACCGAGAUACUGACGAUGACCGGGGAACAAGAAGGAAGAGACGGGCCAGUGAACCACGAGAAGAAAAGCCCGUUCUACGCCCGAAGCUGAAGGAAGAACUCGAAUUGGAGGAACUGAUCAAGACUCACGAUGAAGAGGAUCCAAUAAAGGAGUUCCUCGUCCAGGAAAAGAAAGAAGAGGUUGCUCGGGCACUCGAGAGAAUUCGCUCAAGUGAGAAGUCUUCGCGUAGACGAGAUAGCCGAGAGAGAUCAAGUCGUCAUCAUCGUUCCCAUCGUCGUCGACAUGGCGACGACCGGUCGCGUUCACGAGAGAGAAGGCAUCAGGAUCGUCGAUCGCCAGCGAGGGAACCUCAUUCGCGCAAAGAACGCUCGCCAUCAAGAAGAGACAGAUCCCACAGAGACAGAACACCGGUCACGUCUAUGUCACCAGAGCCGAGGCGCAACAGAGAGCGAGAAGAACGAUAUCGUUAA